UCAGUGUGAAAUAGCUCUUUGUGUGGUGUGUCUAAAGAAGGCAAAUUCAAUCUUAAGGAAACAAUAUGUUUGCCAUGAAAGUGAUCUUUGUUUUGGGUCUGGCCCUUCUUGUCGCGGCUGAUAACAUUCCCGGUGGCAUUAGUAAAUUGGAAGGUGACAGGCUGAAGGAAGCCGAGCAGACUCUUAAUAACUCUCUGUCGAAAUUGGCCAGCGGUGAUGGUCCCAGUUACAAAUUGGGUAAAAUCAUUUCGGCCACCCAUCAAGUUGUCGCAGGCAGCAAAUACGUCUAUGAAGUGGAACUGAUCGAUGGUGAGAGCAAGACGAAGCAGUGCAAUGUCCAGAUCUGGUCCAGACCCUGGGAGACAAAUGGCACUGAAGUCACUUUCAAUUGUCCAUCAGAACCCCAAGUAGUGAAAUCUCACGCCUAAAGAAACGCAUCGGACAAUUUCUUGUCCUCUCCCAUGACAUUGAAAUAAAGUUUGCAUUGGCAGUCACA